CCGCGUGUGCGCGUGGUGGAGGAGGAGGGGGGGCACGCUGGAGCGCUCGUGCACGCGCGCGCACACAGCAGCAGGAUACUUGUGGCAGCGCGCGCGGAGAUCGAUGCUCUUCGCGAUCGAUCCGCGGCGCGUGUGAUCAGUCUGUGGCCGCACGCGGAGCGACGCAGUCCGCGGAGGAGCAGCGGAGGAGUCCGGCGUUGGAGCAGGAGGAGCAGGAGGAGCAGGAGGAGCAGGAGGAGCAGCAGCGUCCCGGACCGUCUUCCCCUGCUGGACGCGCUCUCACGGAAAGCAGCUCCCGGCUCGUCCGGCCGUCUCUCCCCGCUCCCGGCAGCGCUUGUCCCGGGAAGGACUCCGCCGCUGCGCCGCUGUCUCCGGAGCAGCGGGGAGCUGCGGCGCCCCACGCCCGCCGCGGCGCACCGCCGGGCGGCCACAGAAGUUCUGGGGCCCGCCUCUGUACGCGGUUCUCUGGCUCAGUGACAUGCAGUUCGGAACCGUUCUGGAUCUUUGUGCUGUCCGUCAGAACCUCCGGUCCGUCUCUCUGCGGCUCUAACGGGACUUUAGCGGCGUGGCCGGAGAUGAGGUUGGAUCGUGGGCGGAAAGUUGUGCGCUCCCCGGCGGAGGGCCUCCACAGGUCCGGACUGUGACCCGGGGCGGGUCCGAAGUUCAGCUCUGCCCGGAAAUGUGAAGCGAAGCGGGCAGAAGGAGGGCUCCGCUUCCCCCCCACUCUCACCGUCUCACACUUUCUUUUUCAGUUCUUCACGCGCGCACGCGCACUCACACUCACACUCACACACACACACACACACACACACACACACACACACUGGAGUUACAGUAACCCCCCCCCCCCCCUCCACCCCCCACAGCCGCCGGGUCUCUGCGCGCCGCGGACAGAUAUGUAUUCUCCGCUAUGCCUGACCCAGGAUGAAUUCCAUCCUUUCAUCGAAGCGCUGCUGCCCCACGUCCGGGCCUUCGCCUACACCUGGUUCAACCUGCAGGCCCGCAAGAGGAAGUACUUCAAGAAGCACGAGAAGCGCAUGUCCAAGGAGGAGGAGCGCGCCGUGAAGGACGAGCUGCUCAGCGAGAAGCCGGAGGUCAAGCAGAAGUGGGCGUCCCGCCUGCUGGCCAAGCUGCGUAAGGACAUCCGGCCCGAGUUCAGGGAGGACUUUGUUCUGACCGUGACGGGGAAGAAGGCGCCGUGCUGCGUGCUCUCCAACCCCGACCAGAAGGGCAAGAUGAGGCGGAUCGACUGCCUGCGGCAGGCCGACAAGGUGUGGCGGCUGGACCUGGUCAUGGUGAUUUUAUUCAAAGGGAUUCCCCUGGAGAGCACGGACGGCGAGCGGCUGGUCAAGUCGCCGCAGUGCUCCAACCCCAGUCUGUGCGUGCAGCCGCACCACAUCGGCGUGUCCGUCAAGGAGCUCGACCUCUACCUGGCCUACUUCGUGCACGCAGAAACCAGCCAAUCAGAAAGCCCCAAUCAGGCCAGCGAAUCAGACAUCAAGGAGCAGCCAGAGAACGGUCACCUGGGAUUCCAGGACAGCUUCGUCACACCUGGAGUUUUCACCGUGGCCGAGCUCGUCCGGGUCUCUCAGACUCCCAUUGCAGCCGGAACCGGGCCAAACUUUUCCCUGGCGGACCUGGACAGCUCAUCUUACUACAGCAUGAGUCCAGGAGCCAUGAGGAGACCGCUACCCAGCACCUCAUCCUCCAGCUCGGCUAAGAGGAUAAAGUGCAUGGAGGAGGACGUGGACAGUCCGGGUGAGGAGUCCUACUACCCGGGCCAGGGCCGCUCUCCAGGCAGCGGCAGCCAGGCCAGCAGCUGGCACGACGUGGAGCCAGCUGGAUAUAAGCUGCGUGGCUCUCUAGCUAGCUCAUUCAUCUCUCGACAAGAAAUCCCGUCUUCCAGCUUAAAGAUGUCAGAGAGGUCCGGUUUCUGCAGCACCGGCCCCUCUUCCCCCAGAACCGUUCCCCCACACCUUCACCGGCCCAUCAGUACCGGGCCUCAAGCGAGCCCCCACGCCCCCCCCUCCAGCCUCCACUUCUCCUCCUCCCCCAUCCUGCAGCAGCCCGGCUCCUACUUCUCCCACCCGGCCAUCCGGUACCACCCGCAGGAGACGCUCAAAGAGUUCGUCCAGCUGGUGUGCCCUGACUCCGCCCAGCAGGCCGGACAGGUGGGCCUCCUCAACCCCAACAGCAGCUCCCAGGGGAAAGUCCACAACCCCUUCCUGCCGACGCCCAUGCUGCCUCCCCCGCCACCUCCCCCGAUGGCCCGGCCCGUCCCGCUGCCCGUCGACGCCAAGCCGCCCUCCACCUCCUCCACGGAGGGGGGAGGCAACUCCCCCUCCUCCCCCACGUACUCCACCCCCUCCACAUCUCCGGCCCAACGGUUCGUCAGCGUCGGGCCCCGGGACACCGGCUUCAACCUCCCUCAGCAACCUCAGUGGUACCUGGGAUAAGGACUCCUGAGGUGCCGCCACCCUCCUCUACAGUAAACUACUGCAGUCUCCUCCUCCACCUCGGACACCAGCUGUGACAGAAAGCCCAUCUCACCUGUCCCUGGUCAACCCUUUGCAAGUCCUGCAGAUCCUGGCUCCACCGUCAAACGACUCGGCAUCAGCAUGGCUAAAGCGGAUCAAACGCACCCUCUCUGAGAAUUAUUUGUCCCAGAAUUCCUUGCAGGCGCUUGGUUCAUGUAUCUGUAGUGCUGGAUCUGAGCCUCGAUCAUUUUUCCCUGAAUCCCAGAUCUAAGGGGGAAGGAGGAACGGCCCGCCGGGUUCUGGGAAAGUGAUCAGACUGAAUCACAGAAAUCCCUCUUUGGAGGAACUACCUAUCAAAUCACUUUUUGCUGUGUGAACUUUCAUUGUUUUGAAGCUCCCCAUGUAGCCCCCCCCCACCCCCACCCCCCC